ACGUGACCGCUGGCAGGCUCGCGCCCGGCCGUUCGGUUCCCAGCUGCGUUCUGGGCCGCUUCCCUCUUCUUUCCCAGCCUCUCGGCCUCCGCACCAACGCGGCCGGGGCGGGAGCAGGGUUGGCGCGUAGUUGGAGCCGGAGCCGCAGACGCAUGAAACGUGGAGGCCUGAGCUGGGGGCGAUCGUGGCUUCUCCUGUUCCUCCUCUGCUACCUGCUUGUCCGUGAGCUGGAAGCGGUCUCCCCGCCGGCAGGGACAGGUUGUCCCAUGGAGAUGAAGGUUUAAGGACAAACUGUGGACCGGGUCAGAAGAUGGGGUCGAACAGCAGCAGGAUCGGCGACCUCCCCACGAACGAGCACUUGAAGAAGUUGUCGGGCACGGAGCCGCUCUCUGAGAACGACCCCUUCUGGAACCAGCUUCUCUCGUUUUCAUUCCCCGCACCAACUGGCAGUACUGACCUGAAGCUCUUGGAGGAGGCAACCGUUUCAGUCUGCAGGUCUUUAGUUGAAAACAAUCCUCGAACAGGAAACCUUGGUGCGUUAAUUAAGGUCUUCCUUUCUAGAACCAAAGAACUAAAACUUUCAGCAGAAUGUCAGAAUCACAUCUUCAUCUGGCAGACACACAACGCUCUGUUUAUUAUUUGCUAUUUGCUGAAAGUGUUCAUUUGUGAGAUGUCAGAGGAGGAGUUACUUCUUCAUUUCACUUACGAAGAUAGAUCUCCUGGCAGUUACAGUUCUGAGUCAGAAGAUCUUUUGGAAGAAUUAGUCUGCUGUUUGAUGCAGUUAAUCACUGAUAUUCCACUCUUAGACAUCACAUAUGAAAUAUCAGUAGAAGCCAUAUCGACAAUGGUUGCUUUCCUUUCCUGCCAACUCUUCCACAAGGAGGUUUUGCGACAGAGCAUCAGUCACAAGUAUUUGAUGCAAGGUCGAUGUCUUCCAUACACCAGCAAACUUGUGAAAACCUUGUUGUAUAACUUUAUCAGACAAGAAAAGCCGCCGCCUCCAGGAGCACACGUCUUCUCCCAGCAUUCGGAGGGGGGCGGACUGCUGUAUGGACUUGCGUCAGGAGUAGCAACUGGGCUCUGGACUGUCUUCACCCUGGGCGGUGUGGGCAGCAAGGCGGCCGCCCCUCCCGCACUGUCUUCCCCCCUGGCCAACCAGAGUCUCCUGCUUCUGCUGGUGCUGGCCAACCUGACAGAUGCUGCAGACGCGCCCAACCCCUACAGACAGGCCAUCAUGUCCUUUAAGAAUACGCAAGAUAACAGCCCUUUCCCCUCGUCAGUCCCACAUGCUUUCCAGAUUAAUUUUAACAGUUUGUACACAGCUCUCUGUGAACAGCAGACCUCUGACCAAGCGACCCUCCUUUUGUACACUUUGCUCCAUCAGAAUAGUAAUAUUAGAACAUACAUGCUGGCUCGUACAGAUAUGGAAAAUCUUGUUUUACCAAUUCUUGAGAUCCUGUAUCAUGUUGAAGAAAGAAAUUCCCACCACGUGUAUAUGGCACUUAUAAUAUUGUUGAUCCUUACAGAAGAUGAUGGCUUUAAUAGGUCCAUUCAUGAAGUGAUACUAAAAAAUAUUACUUGGUAUUCAGAACGGGUUUUAACAGAAAUUUCACUGGGGAGUCUCCUGAUACUGGUCGUAAUAAGAACCAUUCAGUACAACAUGACAAGGACAAGAGACAAGUACCUCCACACCAACUGCUUGGCUGCUCUGGCGAACAUGUCGGCGCAGUUCCGCUCUCUCCACCAGUACGCGGCCCAGAGGAUCAUCAGUUUAUUUUCCUUGCUGUCUAAAAAACACAACAAAGUUCUGGAACAAGCCACACAGUCCUUGAGAGGUUCACUAAGUUCCAGUGACGUUCCUCUACCAGAUUAUGCACAAGACCUGAACGUCAUCGAAGAAGUGAUCCGAAUGAUGUUAGAGAUCAUCAACUCCUGCCUGACCAAUUCUCUUCACCACAACCCAAACUUGGUGUACGCGCUGCUCUACAAACGAGAUCUCUUUGAACAGUUUCGAACUCAUCCCUCAUUUCAGGAUAUAAUGCAAAAUAUUGAUCUGGUGAUCACCUUCUUCAGCUCCAGGUUGCUGCAGGCUGGAGCCGAGCUGUCAGUGGAACGGGUGCUGGAGAUCAUCAAGCAAGGAGUGGUCGCGCUGCCCAAAGACAGGCUAAAGAAAUUUCCAGAAUUGAAGUUCAAAUAUGUGGAAGAGGAGCAGCCUGAGGAGUUUUUUAUCCCCUAUGUCUGGUCUCUGGUCUACAACUCCGCCGUGGGCCUGCGCUGGAACCCCCAGGACAUCCAGCUGUUCACGGUGGACUCCGACUGAGGGGGGCGCUGUCGCCCACCCGACCCCAGCCGAGCAGCCCUCCUCACCAUUUUCUUUCUGGGGAACAGACCCCGGCGGACUGCCUGGUGUGCCUUCUGUGAGAGGAUCACACAGGCGUGUUUCCCUUGCACACUUGGAUGCGGGGAAUCGGGGCCAGUCUGCAAUAGACACUUGGCUUAGGUUGUAGGGCGGGGAUGAGGGGGCGUGGCCAUGCAGCAGUAAUAAAUGCUACACCCUGCUUCCCA